AAUAAUAAUAAUAAUAAAUUGAACUCGGUGGUGGUGAGCCAGAGCGCAAGUUAAAAGGCAAGAGGAAAGUGGGAAGAGUCACAUGGUGUUUGGGUUGAGUCUCUUAUAAAAUAAAAAAUCGAAGCCUCAUGUGAACGCUUUCACUGCUAUUCUUUUUUCUUUUUUCAAAACCUCAAAACCACAAUGAUGAACCCAUUUUCUAUCAUCAUCAUCGUCAUCAUCAUCAUCAUCAAUUUCAUCCAACGGUCAGCAGCAUCUCUCCCUCCCUUUUCCCACUGGCGCAGCCGAUCAUGUUAGCCGCCGCUGCCGCCGCUUCAUCCUCCAGCAACUGGCUCCGAGCUGGCCGAAGCCGAUACCUCUGCCUCUGCCUCUGCUUUCCCAUCCUCCUUCCUUUCCUCUGCGCCACUUUCCCUCUCCUCUGCGCCGCUGAGCUGUGCGUCCGUCUUUGCCGCCGCCAGCGCUUGAGGAAGAUCGCGCGUGAUUCCAAAGAAGACGAUGAGCGGCUUCGCCGAUGCGAGGAAGGUCGUUGCGGUGCGGCGUUGGAGGAGGAGGAAGAGGUGGGUUUGUUGCAGAGGUACUUGGAAGAUCAGCUUAUGCUUGUUGGAUCGGUCUAUGACUGUGGGGACGAUGAUGUUGAUGAAGAUUUAGUGGGCUUUGGGUUUGUUGGCCAUGGCGGUGGUCGUGCUGAUGAUUCUAGAACUCCUCUUUUGUGCUGAUUUUGAUUCGAAUUUCAUUCCAUUUAUUGUUUUGGAAAUGGUUUUUUUUUUUUUUUUUUUUUUAGCUGUUUGUGUAAAUGACACAGAGACUGUAGUCUAACUGUUGUUGAAUCUAGGAUUUUGUUUUGUGUAGUAUUGGGGUUGGAAAUGCCUGAAAUUGUGAAUAUUUUCAUCAACUUGAGAAUAUUUAUUUUUCAAGAAAUUAUGAAUAUUCUAUUUACUUGUUGCACAGAAA